GCAGACCCUCUCCGGGACAACACCUGGCUGUGGAAACGUCCUGCCUGCCUCAAAUCCGCAGAUGAGCUGCGGCGGCGGCGGCGGGAGCCUGACAAGACGCCGUCCCCGGACCGACUGCCCCGGCGGUAACAACGGCAUGGACGUGCGGACCCCGGAGCGAAGCCGCUUUCCCCAAAUGGCGGAGUGAGUGAGGAUGCGACUCCCCAGUUCCAUCUUUGUGUCGGUGUCUCUGUUCACGGCCGAGACCACGGCAGCGCUCUACCUCAGCUCCACGUACCGCUCAGCUGGAGACCAAAUCUGGCAGGGGCUCACGCUCCUCUUCACGCUCGUACCGUCCGUGCUCGUGCAGUUGACCCUCACCUUCAUCCAUCGGGACCUCAGCAGGGACAGACCGCUCAUCCUGCUGCUGCACAUCCUGCAGCUCGGACCCAUCGUCAGGUGUCUGGAGGCGUUCUGUAUCUAUGGCAGCGUGGGCCGUGUGGAGGAGCCGUAUGUCAGCAUCACCAGGAAGAAGCAGAUGCCUCGCGGGGGUCAUUCUGAGGAGGUGGAGCGGCAGGUGGGGCAGGCGGAGGGGAAACUGUUCACGCACCGAGCAGCCUUCGCCCGCACCUCUGUCAUUCAGGCCUUCCUGGGAUCGGCCCCCCAGCUCACCCUGCAGCUCUACAUCUGCGUCCUGCAGCAGGGGGUCUCCAUCGGAAGAGGCACUCUGAUGGUGAUCUCCCUCCUGUCCAUCGUGUACGGAGCGCUGCGCUGCAACAUCCUGGCCAUUAAGAUCAAAUAUGACGACUAUGAGGUGGACGUCCGGCCCAUGGCUUAUCUGUGCAUUUUCCUUUGGAGGAGCUUCGAGAUCGCCACUCGUGUGGUGGUUCUGGUUUUGUUCAGCUCUGUGCUGCAGCUCUGGGUCCUGCCUGUGGUUCUGCUGAACUUCCUGGUCUUCUUCCUCUACCCGUGGAUCCUGUUCUGGCAGAGCCACUCUCCAUUCCCCGAGAACAUAGAAAAGACUCUAACCAGGGUGGGAACCACCAUCGUGCUUUGCCUGCUCACCUUCCUGUACGCUGGCAUCAACAUGUUCUGCUGGUCCGCAGUGCAGGUGAAACUCAAUGACCCGGACCUCAUCAAUAAGUCCCAGAACUGGUAUCGCAUGGCCGUGUACUACAUGUUGCGUUUUGUGGAGAACGCCUCGCUCCUCCUGCUGUGGUACAUCUAUAAAACUGACUUCUACAAGUUCAUCUGUGCCCCGCUGCUGGUGCUGCAGCUGCUGGUUGCCUACGCCAUCGCCAUCUUCUUCAUGCUGGUCUUCUACCAGUUCUGUCAUCCGUGUCGGAGGCUCUUCUCCUCCAGCAUGACCAACGGCCUCUGGAACUGCUCCUCCCUGCUCUGUCUCGUGUGCACCUCCUCUGCUUCGCCUCAGAACAGGCCCAUGGGGAAGUCGCCCCGGCCCUCGCCCACACGCACAGAGCCGCCUCCCGACGGGACCCACGACACAGCCAGCGACUCCACAGACGACUUGCCUAACGAAACGACGUACGACAUGCUCAACGAUACCAUCUAUGACACUCCUACUGAAACGGGCAAUAAUAUAUGUGGUGGAAUCAACGGUGACUUUAACCACAGUGUUUCCUGCAAUGCUUAAAGCAUCACAACUGUUUGACGUGCCAUCCAGAGGAGCAAUCAUACCCUCUGUAACCUUUUAAGUGCCACAUGAGUUUACACUUUGAAUCCUUUCAUACAUCCAUCUGUUUUAUACCACUGUCUGUUCCUCCUAUGUGUCUUUAACAGAGAUGAAUUCUGGCUGCAAUCAUGCAUAGUGUUACCAUAGCAGAGGUGGCGCUCACCUGUCAUCCCGCAGCCUUUUAAUACAAAUAUAAACAUGGACAGCACCAUAACUUCUUUAGUUUUGGAGACUGCGUCCACUUAUAUGCUGCAUUACUGAUCACAAGGCGCCAUGCACUUGAAUUGAUUGUAUUUAGUAUCUCUGUUUGGCAUGGAGGUGUGCAUGUGUGGAGCCUCAGAUUAACAGGGGAGGGGGGGGGGCGAGUCUGUUUUGUACAGGAGGGUUUUUUUCUGAACCCCCCUCUAGUUUUAUGGCUGCAAGCAAUCAGCUUUUUUACUCCUCGAUAAGAGCUUUAUCAUUAAUGCGCGCUGCUUCUGUGAUGUAUUUGUGCUUGACGAUGAGAUGUGAAUCUCCACACAUUGUUUAAAGAGCCCGUUCGAUCACCAAACACGUCAACUGUAAAGCACGGACGUUUGUCUCCAAGUUUUUGCACGUUUACAAAAAGGAUUUAAGUGGCUUUGAUUCAACUGUUGAGCAACAGCAGCUGCAGUGAUGUGAAACGCUUUGUUUGGAUGUAUUUGCUUUUUUCUAAUUCAUGCUUGUUAUGUCUGUCAGCUCUGUGUGUCUUAGUUAGAAUAUUUACACCGAGUGCACACUAAAAUUAUAUCUAAUUGAAAAACGUUGUAACAAGUACUUUUUUUUUCAACCUUUAAUGUAUAACUGUGUGUGAGAGAGAAUUUCAGUGUUGUUUGUUUUUUGCACCUACUCCUUUUUGCAAUGUAUCUGCAGAGGGACGACAACCUCGGGUAUCAAAUGAAUGCUCCUGUUUGUACAAAUAAGAUAAGCCAAAAAAAUAUGAAAAAUCUAUUGUACACAGCUAACAUUCUCAUAAAGAGCAAGAUAAAAGGCAUUUAAACAACAAAAUCAAACUUAAAAAUCAAAAUAAAUUUAUAUUUAUAUGUGAAAAUUGUCUGUACUGUUUUUUUUUUGGUUUUUUUUUUAGCUCAGAUGCAGUUAAUACACACACAAUCCUGUGCUGACCUCUAGAGGAUGAACACCAAAACUGCAAAAAAAAAAAAGUACUUUCCCUACAUUCAAACUGCAGGAAAAAUUGACCCAAAUCUGUUUAUUUUUUUGCUUGUGUGACUCAAAUCUUAACAAAUCAUAUUCAUGGUUUGUAGAGAUCAUCACCAGCUCAGACGUAAAAACUGUUAAUUAUUAAUAAAAUGACUGCACUGUA